AUGUACAUGAGGCUUGAUAUUACUUUGGAAAGGAGACAUCGAAACUUUACACGCACCAUCCCUCACAAGGGUGUUAGGCAACACAAUGAGGGACGUCAAACAGCCUUUGCAGGAACUACACUUUGCGAAGACAUAGCUGGGAUGCUGAAGCCAGCGCAGGAUCCCAUGAAGCAAGAUUGGAUUGGAUCAAGUAUGUCGGGCCUACUGAGCAGUUUGGGGGACCCCAUCAAUGGCAAUUUCUCAGCUUUAGCUUUACCGCCCACAAAGCCUAAAUGUAUGAGACUAGUUGCUUAUUUGCUUGAGUAUAUAUUUCUGCAUGACAGUGUCAUUGAGCUUGAACAGCCAGGUAUGAGAAAACAAUAUGGCACCCUGGACGAGUGCUUGGAUUUCCGACUCAUUGAUGCAGGAACAUCCGUGAUAGAGGCCUUGUUACUCCUCGGCAUGGGUGUGACACUUACCGAGGAAGAGGACGCCCAGCUCGAACCCAUCCGCAAACCAGGCUUCAUAGCACUAGCCCUAGCAGACGACUACCUUUCUUUUGACCGAGAAUACCUCGAGUUCUCAGACCCUCGAUACCAUCCUGAACCCAGAUACGAUCCAAAUGCUGGUCUGGAAGAUGAACUGACAGCAAGAUCAAUGCCCGAGGCCCUGGGCAUCAACUAUGAGGCUCGAUUUAUUCACAAUCGCCUCCACUCAGCAUUGCUCAUACUCGAUGACGUCGAAGACGGGUCCACUCUUCGAAGAGGCGACCCAGCAGCGCACCCUGUUUUCGGUGUUGCGCAGACAAUCAACUCAGGAUGCUACGAGUUGGUAAGAGCGGUGGAAGAAGCUCGGCAGUUGGGACCUGAUGCAAUCGAGAUAGUCCUCGAAGGUCUAGACGAAUUGCAUGUCGGACAAUCGUAUGACCUCUACUGGAAACAGAAUAACUUGUGCCCGUCAGACAACGAGUACCUGGAAGUGUACCAGAUCCGUGACUACAAGAAUCUUGGCUCCAAAGACUAUACCGAGAAAAAGAGGUUCUGUCAAGAUUUGGACGAGGGCAAGUUUUCGUUUCCGCUAAUGCACGCGUCGAACGUACAGUCGGAAAUUACUCAGCUACUGUGUGAGCUUCUUCAGCGGAGAAGUGAUGCGGGACACCUCUCAUAUGAGCAGAAGAAGCUCAUACUCAAGCAACUUGAUCGGACAGGUAGCGAGGUAUACAAAGGUGUGAAGAAGAUUGAGGGCGCUAUGAAGAUUGAGAACUGGGUCCUAAGAGCUCUGUUGCAAUGA